CGUUGUACUCUCCCAAGUGCUUAGUACAGUGCUAUGCACACAGUGAGCGCUCAAUAAAUACGAUUGAUUACACUGCUUCCUGUACUGACCUUGUCCUUACUCCCCCCUUUAUUUUGUAAAUUGCUUUUGACCACCUUCACCCAUUAGACUGUAAGCCCUUUGAGGACAGGGAUCAUGUGUCUUGUUUCUGUUGCACAAAAUGUGUUUGAAAUGGAGUGUUAUGAUGACUUUUGCUCUGGACACCCAGUUUGAGCUUUCCUUUGGGCGUGAACCACUCCUGGCCCUGGCACCGGAACCCGCUUCCCCAAGAAUGAACACAUACAAAGAUGCCACCUCACAGGUGGCCCAGGUUUUUGGGCCACGGGCCUGUCUGCAGUCGUAUUCAUUUGAGCUCCCCUGCACUGUGCCAGGCGUUUCAAGUGUUUCCAUGAGCCCAUGGGCUGAGGCGAUGGUCAAACAGCCACUGGCUGGGUUCUCAGGCUUGAAGUUUUCUACGGGACCGAGGCUGAUCCAUCAUUUUCAACAGGAGCCACUUCAUCAUCGUCACUCUCCCGAGCGCCUUGUACAGUGCUGUCUGCAGCAAGGACAAGGGGAGCAGUGGUCCAAGGGAGCAGGAGAGACCUCAGGACCUCCAGAUGCCUCACAGCCAGAGCUUCCUAGCUGCUCCAAAGUAUCUGACCUAAAGCUGCACCUGCAGAGCACGGAUUACGGGAACUUCCUGGCCAAUGAGGCUUCGCCGCUCACAGUUUCUGUCAUUGAUGACAAGCUGAAAGAGAAAAUGGUGGUGGAGUUCCGGCACAUGCGGAACCAUGCUUAUGAGCCGCUGGCCAGUUUCCUGGACUUCAUCACGUACAGUUAUAUGAUCGACAACGUCAUCCUGCUCAUCACAGGCACCCUGCACCAGCGCUCCAUUGCUGAGCUUGUGCCCAAGUGCCACCCUCUGGGCAGCUUUGAGCAGAUGGAGGCGGUGAACAUUGCCCAGACACCAGCUGAGCUCUACAAUGCCAUUCUAGUGGACACUCCUCUUGCCGCGUUUUUCCAAGACUGCAUAUCGGAGCAGGAUCUGGACGAGAUGAAUAUUGAGAUCAUCCGAAACACUCUGUAUAAGGCGUACCUGGAAUCCUUCUACAAGUUCUGUACCAUCCUGGGAGGCACCACCGCUGAUGCCAUGUGUCCCAUCCUGGAGUUCGAAGCAGACCGACGUGCUUUCAUCAUCACCAUCAACUCAUUCGGCACGGAGCUGUCCAAGGAGGACCGGGCUAAGUUGUUCCCACACUGUGGGAAGCUCUACCCCGAGGGCCUGGCCCAGCUGGCCCGGGCUGACGACUAUGAGCAGGUCAAGACUGUAGCCGACUACUACCCGGAAUACAAGCUGCUGUUUGAAGGAGCUGGCAGUAACCCUGGAGACAAGACCCUUGAGGACAGAUUCUUUGAACACGAGGUGAAGCUCAACAAGCUGGCCUUCCUGAACCAGUUCCACUUCGGCGUCUUCUAUGCGUUCGUCAAGCUGAAGGAGCAGGAGUGUCGCAACAUUGUCUGGAUUGCUGAAUGCAUCGCUCAGCGGCACCGCGCCAAGAUUGACAACUACAUCCCCAUCUUCUAGCUUGCCCCAGAUCCCCUCCUCCCCACCGCCCCCCCCCCCAACCCUCCCACUGUGUGCUCAGUCUCUGAGCCUCCACCCCCAUCCCUGCCUCUGCCCGCAGUUCCCUUGGAGAGCAGGGUGGUGAGGGUCUUGCCAGGGCUGGGGGGCUGAGAGGUCCGGGCGUAGUCUGGCCGGGGAAUAAACAGGCUGGCUCGGGACCCGGCCCUGCCCGUCUGUGCGUUGAGUGGUAACUGUCACUGUAAUGAUCUGCUCCGUGUGCCCUCCCACUGGUGCAACCCGCUCACCGGCUCCCUGCUCCAACUUGCUCCAUCUAAGCCCAGGCUUCAGGGAUCUAGGGAAAGUUGGGGCAGGGGGGAUGGGGCCCAGGGGGCCUGACUCCUCCCUCUCCCCCAUCCCUAAGUAGCCUUGUGGCAGUGGUCCUGCUUGUCUGUGUUGUUGCCCCAUCCUCUCCAGCCCCACUGGGGGAGAGGGGUCUGUCACCUUGUGGCUGCCCAAAGCCAUGGCCCUGUUGUUUACAGCUAUUUAACGUCCGCCAAGUGUAUGGUCACUGUUUCUCCUCCCCUCCGCCCCCUUCCACCCCAGAGUGGGAACAGGAAUGCUGGGCCAGGCUCUGCCCCCACCCAGGUGCUCCUGUUCCUGGGCUGUGACCCUUCCCUCCAACCCCUUUCCCCCACCAAAGCCCCAGCUCACCUGCCACCCUGCCCACCCCUCUCUACUUCUCUUAGGUCUGAGGGUAUAGGGCAGGCGUGGCCAUUGAAGCUGCUGCCCCUCACCUGCCUCGGGCCCUGUCCCAGCUGUGGCGGGGUUUGGUGGGGAGAGGAUGUGCUGAGAGAAUUGCCGUUUCUGUCCCCACUGAUCAGUGUGUUUGGGCACAGCUCCCCCUUCUCACCCCAGCCAAGCUUCCCCCAGCCUCAGCACCAGGUAGCCCUUCGCCCCUUCACUCCUCCAAGCAGGCACAGCGGCUCCCCAGCUCUGGCUGGGCUCGGGGCAGUCGGUGUCCUAUUAUAGUCCAGACCUGUUUCUGCCAGGCUGGAGAGACCCGUGAAUGUGGAAGAAGCCGUCGAUACCCAGGGUAACCUGUGAGAGGGGCCUUGGAUUACCCUACUCCCCAUCCUCCCCUGCCCCUUCCCCCAGCCCUGGUGGGGGAAGCUUCCCUUGCCUGCACAGACUGGGAUUCACAUUCUCAUGAGAACCUGCAGACCAGUCACAGGCUGAGUCCCCCCACCCCUCCCCUUGCCACUUCCCUUUGGCUUGCUCUGGGCACCAGAGUUGGACUCCCAGAAGAGGUCCUGGGAGCAUGAGCCAGGCUGGAUGAUAGUGGGUGUAGAAGUGUGGGGCCCUUCCUUCCUCUGAUUCUCCAGGUUCUACCACCCACCUCUCCCUGCUAGAGCGAGGUAGGUGGGAUGGAUGGGCAGAGGAGGCCUUCAUCUCCCCUCACACUCACAUAUUCCUUUUCUUUUUUCACAAAGUCUGAAUACCUUGUUGGGUUGUGCCCCCCUUUCCCUCCUAUCAAUAAAGUGCCCUCCUGUGAACCCA